AUGGACGUCUCUCGCUGCUCUGACCAUGUGAACGUCUCUCGCUGCUCUGACCAUGUGAACGUCCCUCGCUGCUCUGACCAUGUGAACGUCCCUCGCUGCUCUGACCAUAUGGACGUCACUCGCAGCUCUGACCAUGUGGACGUCUCUCGCUGCUCUGACCAUGUGGACGUCACUCUCUGCUCUGACCAUGUGGACGUCUCUCGCUGCUCUGACCAUGUGGACGUCUCUCGCUGCUCUGACCAUGUGGACGUCUCUCGGUGCUCUGACCAUGUGAACGUCCCUCGCUGCUCUGACCAUGUGGACGUCUCUCGCUGCUCUGACCAUGUGGACGUCACUCGCUGCUCUGACCAUGUGGACGUCACUCUCUGCUCUGACCAUGUGGACGUCACUCUCUGCUCUGACCAUGUGGACGUCACUCUCUGCUCUGACCAUGUGGACGUCUCUCGCUGCUCUGACCAUGUGGACGUCACUCUCUGCUCUGACCAUGUGGACGUCUCUCGCUGCUCUGACCAUGUGGACGUCUCUCGCUGCUCUGACCAUGUGGACGUCUCUCGCUGCUCUGACCAUGUGGACGUCUCUCGCUGCUCUGACCAUGUGGACGUCUCUCGGUGCUCUGACCAUGUGAACGUCCCUCGCUGCUCUGACCAUGUGGACGUCACUCUCUGCUCUGACCAUGUGAACGUCCCUCGCUGCUCUGACCAUGUGGACGUCACUCGCUGCUCUGACCAUGUGAACGUCCCUCGCUGCUCUGACCAUGUGGACGUCACUCGCUGCUCUGACCAUGUGAACGUCCCUCGCUGCUCUGACCAUGUGGACGUCACUCUCUGCUCUGACCAUGUGGACGUCUCUCGCUGCUCUGACCAUGUGGACGUCUCUCGCUGCUCUGACCAUGUGGACGUCUCUCGCUGCUCUGACCAUGUGGACGUCUCUCGCUGCUCUGACCAUGUGGACGUCUCUCGAAGCUCGUCAGAAGAGCGCAGGAGGAGACGGAGAGAGCAGGAGCACAACGCGAGAGCUGCCUCCCCUCUACGCAGUGCCUCUCUGUCAGAGAGCACUUCCCCACAGCGUAAAAGGCAGAGACAGAGGAGCCCAGAGAGGACCACCUCCCCAGUGCGAACAAGACACCUGUUCCCCGUCCUGAACCCCCACCUCCACAGACCCGACUCUCACUCAAGGACCUCCCCCAAAGCUCCUGAGCCGAGACCUGCUUCACUGCACAGAAGCUCGUCAGAAGAGCGCAGGAGGAGACGGAGAGAGCAGGAGCACAACGCGAGAACUGCUUCACCAAGUCGUAGCUCCUCAGUGGAGCGCAGGAGGAGGAGACGAGAGAGGAGAGAGCGGGAGCGGGAGAGAGAAGAGCGGGAGAGAGAGCGGGAGAGAGAAGAGCGGGAGAGAGAGCGGGGGAGAGAAGAGCGGGAGAGAGAGCGAGGGAGAGACAGAGAGAGAGACCGAAGGUACUGGACUAGCAUCAGAGACCCCGCAGACAGAGACCCCGCAGACAGAGACCCCGCAGACAGAAACCCCGCAGACAGAGACCCCGCAGACAGAGACCCCGCAGACAGAGACCCCGCAGACAGAGACCCCGCAGACAGAGACCCCGCAGACAGAGACCCCGCAGACAGAGACCCCGCAGACAGAGACCCCGCAGACAGAGACCCCGCAGACAGAGACCCCGCAGACAGAGACCCCGCAGACAGAGACCCCGCAGACAGAGACCCCGCAGACAGAGACCCCGCAGACAGAGACCCCGCAGACAGAGACCCCGCAGACAGAGACCCCGCAGACAGAGACCCCGCAGACAGAGACCCCGCAGACAGAGACCCCGCAGACAGAGACCCCGCAGACAGAGACCCCGCAGACAGAGACCCCGCAGACAGAGACCCCGCAGACAGAGGACCCCGCAGACAGAGACCCCGCAGACAGAGACCCCGCAGACAGAGACCCCGCAGACAGAGACCCCGCAGACAGAGACCCCGCAGACAGAGACCCCGACUCACUGUAUGGUUUUGUUCCAGACCAGUUUCCCCGCCCCGUUACACGUUCCCUCAGAGCAGGACUGUUGCAGAGGAGGAGAGACUGGCCCGAGAACUGCGCAGAUACGAUGCACUGGGCUUAACCGCCGCAGAGAAGGUCCAAAUGCGUUUGGACAGAGACAGAGCGGAGCAGGCGGCUCGGGCGGCGGCCUUCUUACCGGCGCGAUAUGUGUCCCCUCUGCGCACCAAGAGUUACUCCCCACUGAGGACCUACACGCCCCCCAGAGGAGCCUUCUCUCCUGACAGACGAGAGGAGUCUCCCUGGGACCUGGACGAGCAGAGUUCUGAGAGCGGGAACUCGGACUCAAAAGACAGAAAAACAUCUGCACAGAGAGAGCUGGAGCAGAUGACCAGGAAGGCACUGGGUAGCUCCAAAGUUGUGAAGUCGCUCUCGGACCCUGCAGACCUCCCGGCGCUGGCCCAGAUGCUGGUGCCGGUCAUCAUGUCGCAGAUGAAGCAGAUGAAGAGGGAGAAGAAGGUGAAGAAGAAACCGGCUGCGACCACUGUGAAGAAGACCUCUGAGUUCCAGGGUCCUGUCCUGAAGAAAGAGGGUGUCUCCUCAGACCCCCAGAAGCCCUCUGCAGCGCCCUCUACAGGCCUCAAGAAGAAGCUGGAAAAUAAGAGCAUCAGCGCUGGAGACAAACACAACAACUCUGAGCUCCCUCCUGAGACCGAUCUGAGUGAAGCCAACCAGAAGAAAGACCAGGAGAGAGCAGAGAAGAGACGACCGGACGAUGGGACCAUUGACCACCACCAGCCAGACCCCAGGGACCAUGAGGCCAGUCCUCUCUCAGACCAUGAGAAGAAGAAGACCAAGGUCUCUGCAGCGCCAUCUACAUGCCUCAAGAAGAAGGGGAUGAAGAAGGUCCCAGCUGGAGCCAUGAGGAGUACGACAGACGGCAAGAAGAACGGACUGAAGAAACACACCAUCACACCAGAGAACCAGGAGAGAGACCAGGAGACGGCAGAGGGAGACCAGGAGACGGCAGAGGGAGACCAUGAGACGGCAGAGGGAGACCAUGAGACGGCAGAGGGAAACCAUGAGACGGCAGAGGGAGACCAGGAGACGGCAGAGGGAGACCAGGAGACGGCAGAGGGAGACCAGGAGACGGCAGAGGGAGACCAGGAGACGGCAGAGGGAGACCAGGAGACGGCAGAGGGAGACCAGGAGACGGCAGAGGGAGACCAGGAGACGGCAGAGGGAGACCAGGAGACGGCAGAGGGAGACCAGGAGACGGCAGAGGGAGACCAGGAGACGGCAGAGGGAGACCAGGAGACGGCAGAGGGAGACCAGGAGACGGCAGAGGGAGACCAGGAGACGGCAAAGGGAGACCAGGAGACGGCAGAGGGAGACCAGGAGACGGCAGAGGGAGACCAGGAGACGGCAGAGGGAGACCAGACGGCAGAGGGAGACCAGGAGACGGCAGAGGGAGACCAGGAGACGGCAGAGGGAGACCAGGAGACGGCAGAGGGAGACCAGGAGACGGCAGAGGGAGACCAGGAGACGGCAGAGGGAGACCAGGAGACGGCAGAGGGAGACCAGGAGACGGCAGAGGGAGACCAGGAGACGGCAGAGGGAGACCAGGAGACGGCAGAGGGAGACCAGGAGACGGCAGAGGGAGACCAGGAGACGGCAGAGGGAGACCAGGAGACGGCAGAGGGAGACCAUGAGACGGCAGAGGGAGACCAGGAGACGGCAGAGGGAGACCAGGAGACGGCAGAGGGAGACCAGGAGACGGCAGAGGGAGACCAGGAGACGGCAGAGGGAGACCAGGAGACGGCAGAGGGAGACCAGGAGACGGCAGAGGGAGACCAGGAGACGGCAGAGGGAGACCAUGAGACGGCAGAGGGAGACCAGGAGACGGCAGAGGGAGACCAGGAGCAGGAUCAGAAGGACGGACAGACCAGUCGCCAGCCCCUCCCAGACCAGAGAGACCACAGUCCAGACCAUGAGAAGAUUCCCAACGUAGAAGACUGGCCUCAUUUCCGGGACCUGGUUGAACCCAUUUCCAAACUGAUCCAAGUGGAACACCUGCUGCUGCAGCUGCAGGAACCUCGACAAACCGUGAAGAGUCUGCGCAGAGUGGCAGGGGAGCUGUCCCACAUGGACUUACCCUUCGACCAGAAGGCGGCCUUCUCUAAGAAAGCCACACAGAAAAAGGUGCAGUACUUUACUGAGCACCUCCACAGACUGCAGCACAAACAUCUGGAGGAGGUUCUGGCUCUGCCAAACCUCUGCCACCUCCCAGCGGCUUUGGACUCUGCAGAGAAGAGCUGCACCAGGACCAUGGACAACCUGGAUGGACGAGCCAAGCAGAACGUGUCUGUCCUGAUCAGCAAACAUAGAGCUGGACGGGCCGUGGACACAAGGGACACAGACGGAGAAAGCACAGCUGCCACAAGGGACACAGACAGAGAAAGCACAGCUGCCACAAGGGACACAGACAGAGAAAGCACAGCUGCCACAAGGGACACAGACGCAGAAAGCACAGCUGCCACAAGGGACACAGACGCAGAAAGCACAGCUGCCACGAGGGACACAGACGCAGAAAGCACAGCUGCCACGAGGGACACAGACGCAGAAAGCACAGCUGCCACGAGGGACACAGACGGAGAAAGCACAGCUGCCACGAGGGACACAGACGGAGAAAGCACAGCUGCCACGAGGGACACAGACGGAGAAAGCACAGCUGCCACGAGGGAGACGGCAGCAGAAGAAGAAAGGUGA